GAGUCAGCCACUGAAACCCCAGCACAGACCCGAGGACACCGACGAGGAGCAGUCAUGGCGUUGGAGCUGUACCUGGACCUGAACUCUCAGCCCUGCCGCUCCGUCUACAUCUUCGCCACCAAGAACAACGUCCCGUUCGAGUUCAAGAAGCUGAAUCUGCUGGAAGGUGAGCAGUACGGAGAAGAAUUUGGGAAGAUCAACUUGAUAAGAAAAGCCCCUGCGCUGCGAGAUGGAGACUUCUGCCUGGCUGAGAGCAUUGCCAUCCUGCUGUAUCUGGCGGAGAAGUUUAAGACUCCGGACUUCUGGUACCCAGCCGACCUCCAUCAGCGCGCUCGCGUCAACGAGUAUCUGUCGUGGCAGCACAUGACCAUCCGCCUGCAAGGAUCCAAGGUGUUCUGGCUCCAGCUUUUGAUUCCCAAGAUUUUGGGCGCAGAUGUGCCUCAGGACAAGCUGGACGCAGCCUUGGAGGACCUGAACGCCUCCCUGACACUCCUGGAGGAUAAGUUCAUCCAGGACAAGCCCUUCAUUGCGGGAGAUCACAUCACAUUGGCCGACCUGGUCGCCAUUGUGGAGGUCAUGCAGCCCGUGGGCGCUGGCGUGGACGUGUUCGAGGGCAGAGCCAAGCUGAGCGCGUGGCGGGACCGAGUCCAGGCCGCCAUUGGAGAGGAGCUGUUUGACGAGGCCCACAAGACCAUCCUCGGAGCCCAGGAGAGUGUGAAACUGAUGGACGCCAGCAAGUUGCAGUUCUUCAAGCCCAAGAUCCUCAAGCUUUUCAUGUGAAGGGGAGAACACUGGUCCUGUCUGCGAUUGUUUGAGUCAGAUACCAAUAAAAUGUAAGACUAUGGAGAACAA